GAGCAAUUUUGCUCCUUUUUAGCUUUCACUGAUCACACAACCCACAAAACAUCCUCGAUUAUCCCGUCACAAUCUUUAGAAGCAAAGAAUCUCCAAAGAAACAAUAACAAACAACAAACAACGAACACCCACAAACCAUGGCUGCCAUCACCAACGAUAACGAUUUCCUCAAGCGCUUCAGCUGGGGAGGAAUGGACGAGUCAUUGUUGGCCAAGAGCUUCCGCACAGCUGGUGCCGAAGAUCAAGUACCAGAAGCCGACAUCAGGACCAGCACUGAUGCAACGCGUUAUAACGACCCCAAGGAUCGGCGCUCCAGUUGGGGGGACUUGGAUUCCAUGUUGAUGGGUCCCCCCGUUGAAUCAGCCAGUAGCAAACCGACACUGGAUUCCAUUGGUGAAGAAGAGGCCAGCGACAAGGAGCAGCCCACAGAAGGAGUCAUGAAGAAGGCAGGCAGUAACCGAUCGCUGGGCUUGAAGAAGUCAGGCAGCAACCGGUCACUGGGAGGUUUGAGCGGCAAGAGCAGAUCACGAGAGCUGAGGCGGAAGAUCAAGAAGAGCCGCGGCAAUGCCCAAAAGGCUUAGCCGGGUGGUCAGUUCACAACUUGACAUGUAGUAUUAGUAUUCAUAACAAUAAACAAAAAGAACACUC